CGUUCAUUGCUGCAUCGCUGCAUCGUCGUGGUUCAUUGAAAUACUCAUCACAUCUACUUUAAUUUCUUCUAGAAAAGACAUCCCUCGAGUAUCUCCCGAGCAGGCCCCUCCGCCAUCAUGGCCGCCGCCGACGUUCGCGACAUGCUGGAUCUGCCCGCGGAGGGCCAGCCCCGACCUCAUAAGAAACAAAAGGUCGUCGAGAAGCGUCCAGAGGGUAUCACCCGUGAGCUCUUCGCCCUGCUCGGCGAGCGAGCCCCUCCGAUCGCCAUCAACGAGAACCGAUACAAGGGCCGCCCGAAAUGGAUGAGCAAACUGCGCGUCCGCCCAUGGCGCAUGACCCCUUUCUUGAACGGCGCCCGAUCCGACGGCCUCGUUCUCCGCCACUGGCAGCGAACCCAUGAACCCGCCAAGGUCCCCGCAAUGGAGGAUUCGGAGAUGGAAACGGACGAGAAGAAAGAUGAGGCGACCGAUGCAUCAUCCGCCGACACGCCGCAGCAGGACUCGAUGUUCUCCAAAUACAACGUCAAGGCCCGCGUGCCCAACCGCUAUACCGACGAGGAAUACAACCGCCAUCUCAAGAGCGACGAUUGGACCCGCCAGGAGACCGACUACCUGAUGGACCUGGUGGAAGAGUACGACCUUCGCUGGGUCGUCAUCGCUGACCGCUACGACUACCAACCGCACCCAGUCGACUCCGAGUCCAAUGCCAACGCCCUAGUCCCCGCCAAGCGGUACCGAACAAUGGAGCAAAUGAAAGCCCGAUACUACUUCAUAGCCGCCAGCAUGCUCGCUCUCGAGCACCCCCCGUCCGAGAUGUCGGAAGCUGAAUUUGAACUCCACGAGAAGAUGCUCAAGUUCGACGCAGACCGUGAACGGUCCCGAAAGGAGCUCGCCGCUCUACAGCUGAACCGGACCGCCGACGAAGUGCGUGAGGAAAGCAUCCUCCUCGAGGAACUCAAACGCAUCACCGCCAACGAACAAGACUUUAUCACCGAGCGCCGCGAACUCUACUCCCGCCUUGAGGUCCCUAUCAGCGUCGGCAACACCACCAUGUACCAGUCCAGCCAAGGCCUCUCCCAACUCCUCCAGACCCUCCUCCAAGCCGACAAGAGCAAGAAGCGCCGCUCCAUCCUGGGCCCCGAAGCCGGCGCCGCUCCCAGCCCAGCCAGCCAAACCCCCGCCCCCAAUGCCCCCAGCAGCACGCGCGACAGCCGCGCCGACACUCCAAACGCCGCCCCCGCAGCCCCAACCAACAAGAAAGCCGCCGCGGCCGCGGCCGCAGCCGCAGCCAACAAAGAAGCCCAACAAGCCGUGCGAACCCUCACCCCAGCUGAAGAAGCCAAAUACGGCGUGCAACACCACGACCGCCUCGCGCCAGGUGUACAGUUCCGCAGUGACCGCGCCCAGAAACUCACUCAGGCCAAAUCAAAUGUCCAGACACAGAAACUUGCCGCGGCGCUCGCGGAACUGGAAGUUCCGCUGCGCCUGGUCAUGCCGACGGAACGAGUCUGCAAGGAGUUCGAGAAGUUGAUCCACUCGGUGAAUCUGCUGCUUGAGGCACGCAAGGUCGCUGAGAAGGUGGAGAGCGAGAUCCGGGUUCUGGAGGCUGCAAAGGAGGAACGCGAACGGAAGGUCAAGGAGGCUCAGGAGAAGGAUAAGCCUGAGGUUAAGUCGGAGCAGGAGGAUCAGCCGCUUCCGGCGGCGGAGGCUACUGAUGCUGGUGCUGGUGCUGAGAAUCCCGAUGCGGCGGAGGAGGAUGAAUCGGGGGAGAAGCGUAGAAGCGGAGCGGCUGGUGGGGGUCUGGAGGGGACGUCGCAUAAACGCUCGGCGAGUGUGCUGAGCAAUACCAGUGAUAAAAGUACCAAGCGACAGCGGAAGUGAGUGCAGGCAUCUUAUGGGCGUUGGAGUGGGCGUUCUUGUGAUUCAAUAUACCUUUGUACGACUACAUGAACUUCGGUCUGGAUAAACAUUAAUUCUGCUGAUGCAAUACAUCGAUAUUGGUCCGUUCCAAUCUUCCCGAGCACCUUGGUGGUGGAUUUUGCUUUCUUGGAGGCAACCAGCGGUUGCAGAUGUAGUUGAAAAUAGUGAUUGGUUGGUAACAGCUCAUGUUGCAUCCAAUCCUACGCUGUUAAUCAUGCUGUGGAGGACCUUGUGCGCUCUGGCGGCAUCAAUAUAUAGAUGCCCGAAUCCUACCCGAGCA